AUGACGAAAACCGAGCAAACGCACCAUGGCGACGUCGAGCUUAUGGAACGCACCCUGGGCCAGCUAUCUCAAUCGCAGGGCACCCCAUCCACCCAGUCGACGGGCGCUGCCGCUCUCAUUGCACAACGACAAAUCCGAAACAUAGCGAGAUGCUUGUCGACAAGCUCGCAAGGCGAUCAGUCCUCUUUCGACGAUACCAAUGCGCAGCUUUCGGCCUUGACUCGCCUAUGCGACCAAAAAUUUGUCGCUUUCAGCUACAACAGCAUCCCAUUGGUCUGGAGAGCCAUCUACAUCGACGUGCAGCUGCUCAGAGCAUGCUGUGCUCUCAAGGCUGUCGGGGAUGUUGAGCAUGCCGCAAAAGCGCGCUGCUGUAUUCGGGACUUGGACUUGGCGCUGAUCGUAGCAGGAGCUGCUUCCACUUCCAAGGGGCAGUACUGCCAUAAUCUCAUCGCAGCAUUGCAAUCGAAAUUGCUCGAACUAGGGGAGCAGGACCAUCAUCGGGCCUUGCAAGGCUCUGACCAAAGCAGUCCUCCUCGUAAGCGUUUCAAGGUGACCCAGCCGGAACAUCGCAAAGCGCCGCUCUCCGACUCAAUCCAGGCUGAUUCGCUCAUCCAAGAAUACACGUUCGAGGAAGCUCCCUCAUUCAUGGAAGUGGCAGCGCGAGGUUCGUCUUCGCGCGGCAAACCUUUCAUUGUUAGGACGUAUGCGCAAAACUCCGGCUGGCCCGCUGUUCCGUCGGAGUCCAUAAACUCCGGGUCCAGCUCCUGGUCGUCGAUCGAGCAUCUCCUACGAAUAGCAGGGCCAGCUAGGAUCGUCCCUGUCGAGGUUGGCGCCAACUAUUCUCGAAAGGACUGGGGCCAGGACCUCAUGCUCUGGAGCGAAUUUCUCAGCUAUUGUCGCUGGACCGAAGCCGAUCAAUGCGGGAGUACCAGCGAUGUGCAAGUCCGCCUUGAGCCUGGCUCUGCUCGACCAGUGCUUUACAUGGCUCAACACGAUCUUGCCGCCCAGUUCCCAGCUCUCGAACGCGACUACAUGCUACCGGACUACGUAUAUACGUCGCCAUCGCCUACCGAAAGCUGGCCAGGGUAUCAGCCUCCUGCAACCCAUGAUGGAGUGGUCACCAAUUUGUGGAUAGGGCCCGCUGGAACCGUCUCUCCUCCGCACUACGACCCUUUCUACAACUGCUUUGUUCAAGCGGUCGGCUACAAGGAAGUGUGGGUAGCACCUCCGCACUGCUGCCCACGUAGGAAACCGGCUCCUUCUGACCACAUUUUUACAAAGGGAGCUCUCCACGCCGGCUCGGGAGAGACGAGCUCAUUGGAAGAUGCAGAUGCCAAGGGAUCGAUCACAGACUCGCUGAUGGUCAACACGGCUAGCAUUGAUGUCUUUGACACAGUUGAAUCCGUCCCUCCUUUUGUGAGGUUGGAAGCAGCAAAAGCGAUCCUCGGACCCGGAGAUCUUCUCUACUUGCCUCCAGGCUGGUGGCAUUCUCUGCGCAGCUUGACACGAAGCUUUUCCGUCUCGACCUGGUUCUGA